AUGGUCCGGCGCUCCAAGAAGUGUCCGAAGUGCAAGAAGUGCUUCGCCACGCACGGGAACAUGAAGCGCCACCAGGACAAGGUGAACGCCUGUGGGGCGCAAUUUGUGAAACAGCGGAAGGAGGUGGCGAAGCGAAAGAAGUCGUACCGUAACAGACACCACCAACGACUAAGCCCCCACAUCGUCGAUCGACUCGUCAAAUGUCGUCCCAACCGUCAUCGGCACCGUCACAGCCAACGUUCACUAUUACGCGGAUGA